CUAGAGACUAUUGGGAUGGCGGGAAAUGGCAUAAUUUUCAAUAGUGAUGUGGCUCUUUGGAAAAAAGCAAGAACAUAUUUUUCUAAAGCUCUGACAGGCCCAGGGCUCCAAAGGACAGUGUCUAUCUGUGUGAGCUCUACAACCAAAUUCCUGGACAACCUGCAUGAGGUGACUGGUCCGUCUGGUCACGUAGACACCCUCAAUCUGCUCAGGGCCAUAGUGGUUGACAUCUCCAACAAGCUGUUCCUUGGGGUGGAUAUGAAUGGUCAGUGUAUGCACUACAUUUACACUCCCAGAACAUGAUAAUUUCUAAAUAUAUAAAAAAGAGCUACCAAUGUGUCUUGUAGUUCAGUGACAUGUAUAUUUUAAGUGACAUGGCUUCUACAAAUUUCUGUAUUUUAUGUAGUAAAACAGUUGCUAAUGAAAAUCCAUCACUACUUUGAAACCUGGCAAGCGGUUUUGAUUAAGCCAAAUAUUUUCUUCAAGAUUGGAUGGCUGUAUAACAAGCAUAAGAAGUCAGCGCAAGAACUGCAAGAUGUGAUGCAGGAUCUUCUUGACAUUAAAAAGAAAAAAAUUAAUGAAUCAGAGACAUUGGAUGAUGAGGUUGACUUUGCCACAGAACUAAUUUUUGCACAGAACCAUGGGGAACUGUCACCAGAAAACGUCCGCCAAUGUGUGCUGGAGAUGGUGAUUGCAGCUCCAGACACUCUCUCCAUCUCGCUCUUCUUCAUGCUCAUGCUGCUCAAGCAAAACCCUGAAGUGGAAGAAAAGAUAGUGGAGGAGAUGAAAGCAGUUUUAGGCAACGACGGAGCUGAAAAUCUAAAGCAUCAAGACUUGAAGGUGUUGGAGAGGUUCAUAAAUGAGUCCCUGAGAUUUCACCCAGUGGUUGACUUCACAAUGAGAAAAGCUCUGGAAGAUGACAAUCUCGAUGGAAUCAAAAUCAAAAAAGGAACCAACAUCAUUCUUAACCUUGGGUUGAUGCAUAAAACAGAAUACUUCCCACAUCCCAAUGACUUUACCUUGGACAACUUUAACAAAACAGUGCCUAACCGUUAUUUCCAGCCCUUCGGUUGCGGCCCUCGUUCAUGUGUGGGCAAACACAUCGCCAUGGUGAUGAUGAAGGCCAUCCUGGUCACGGUGUUGUCCCAAUACACCGUGUGCCCUCAUCAGGGGUGCACCAUCAACAGCAUCCGGCAAACCAACAACCUGUCCCAGCAGCCCGUGGAGGACAAGCAGAGUCUGGCCAUGCGCUUCAUCCCUCGCCACAACACUGACAAUAAAUGA